AAAACAAAUGACGCAGAGAAAUUCGAACCGGACUGUGCAAAUCCCAAAGCCCAUCUCCCUUCUUCUCCUCCACCAAGAAAUCCCAAAUCUUAUUAACCAUCUCGUCUCAAAAAAUCCAUCUACUCUCCGAAUCCCAGACAGGAUCGCCGCUUCAACCCCGGCGAGGCUCCAGAGAGGAGAGAGCACGCAGGAUCCGCGGAGAUGCCGGCGGCGGGGUGGCUGCAGGACGCCGCCAACUCCUCCUCCUCCGCCGCCUUCCCCGACCAGGUCCUCGUGUCCAGGGCCGCGGGCCGGGUUGUGUCUCUGUCGACUUGCACGAAGGUCGGUGCCAUCAGCUUCGUGGUCGGGGUUGCAGUGGGCUUCACGCUGAAGAGAAGGCUGCGCCGGUGGGCUGCCAGGCUGCUCAAGAGGAUCAAGGAUGACGACUAGCUUGUGCAAUGUCUCUUAAUUUGGUUCCCAAGCUUAGAUUAACUGCGAUUAGCCGUUUGUAAAACUGUACAAUCGUGACUCCUUUUUAGGGCAUCUGUACUGGCAAUUGUGGUACGAGCAGAUCCUGCCAUACAUAUUUUCUCGCUAAUCAUAAAUCUCUGGUACUGCUCUGUGCCCUUGGCUGA